AAAUAACCGCAAACAUCGUCCAUUGUCUCACCGUUCCAUCUGGAAACUUCGGCGUCGAAAGUCUCGAAGCAGCUUUGCUACCGUUAAUCGUCGCUGUUUUUCUUCCCCUAAACCCAUCCCCAGGAUUUUCUCCUGAAAUUUGGUGGGUUUCUUUUGCCCUUUGGACUCUUCCAGUUUCUUCUCUGUCAAGAUACCUUAUUUCGGCGUUCCGGAAAAACCUGAGCGAGACCGGUCCAUGGAGUUUCGUGGUUUCUUGAAGGAUCUACAGGGCUGGGAUUCCUUGCACAAGGACAGUAGCAACAAAUCAAAUGGUCGAGCACAGAAGGCUGCAAAAUGGAUGGCAGGAAAUGUUGACGAAGAUAAGGAGCCUGUUUCAAAAUUUCCUGCAUCUCAUGUGAAAAAGAUUAACGAACAGGUAGUUUCUUCACGAGAAGGCAGUGAGCAUUUUGGUUAUCUUAGAAAUUCGGGUGCAUUUGACCUGUCAAGUAGGUUCUUAAAUGAGGGGAAGCUGCCAGACGCGACUUCAGAGAAGGAUUUGGGCAAUGAAUAUUUUAAGCAAAAGAAGUUCCUUGAAGCAAUUGAGUGCUACUCAAGAAGCAUUGCAUUCUCUCCUACAUCAGUUGCGUUUGCCAAUAGAGCUAUGGCAUAUCUGAAAGUAAAGAAAUUUGUUGAGGCAGAGAAUGACUGUACGGAUGCUCUUAGUUUAGAUGAUCGCUACGUUAAGGCAUAUUCACGUCGAAUUACAGCUAGAAAAGAACUAGGAAAGCUUGAAAAAGCUUUGGAAGAUGCUGACUUUGCUGUGAGGCUUGAGCCAAAUAAUCCAGAAGUCAGAAAUCAGUAUGAUGAAGUAAAGGCAUUGUUGCAAAUGGAAUGCGUGGGGAAUACUUCUAACAAUCGCCCGAUUUCUCUUGAUAAUAUGGCUAAAGGACGUUUCAUCACUGAGAGCAAUAAAGAUUCACGUUCAGUUAAUGAACAAGAAAGUCUAACAUCAAAAUUGAAUACCAGAAUUGCUAAGUAAUUGACAAAUUAUGGGAGGAAGUGUUCUCAAGUAACCAGAUCCAGCAGGAUCUCAGGCAGGCACUUGUUAAGUUGAGGCCCAAGUAUUGCUUCAGAGAAUUGGAAUCUCAUAUUCUAAGUUCUUAAGAAACCGCCCAGAGGCGCACUUCUGCUUAAUGCAAAUGCUUGAAGAACGGUGAAACUCUGUUUAUAUUCUCUCCUCAAAUGAUUUUGUGGGCAGCCUGAGCAUACAUAUAAUUCAGAACACAAAAUGUACAUGGAAUUGCUACUCCGGUUUAUGUAUAGAAUCAACUGUUAAAGCAGACAGGCAUCUUCCUUUUUUUUCUUAUGAGAAAUUUUGGAUUUUGACUAUGUUUAUCUGAUAAUUUCAAUGCAGCCCUUCUGCUGGCAACUAUUUUUUGAGCUAAGUUGUACCGGACGGUAAUCCUGUAAGGAAUUCCUGUUCUAAAUGGUUAUUAUCAUUGUUUUAUCUCCCAUUAUU